AUUCAGGGUAUGUAUAUGUCCGCCUGAUAUCCAGCGGGUGUCCACAGAUAUCUAUCUGGGAGGCUUCUUUCUAGGGUGAGAGUAGAACGGAGCUGAUGAGUUGUACAGGAGGCGGAAACCGGAAUCAUUACAUUGCACGAUGACGAGCCGGAAAUUGUGGACUACCUCAUCACCUACUUUUAUCACCAUACCUUUGACGACAAGGAUGCUGUUCUGCCCACUCCGCCUCAUGAACAAAAAAGCGAGAGACUUCGCCUCUUCUCGGGUGAAAGCAAAGCUGAUAAUCCAGUCCGCAUCCCGGAUUCUCUCAAAGUCUACGCCAUAGCCGACAAGUACAUGGUCGGUACGCUCCGCGUCCUAGCUCACACACGCUUCGAGCACUGGUGUGCCACCAAUUGGCACACUGAAAGCUUCCUCCUCUGCGUCAGAGAAAUCUACGAGCGUAAGACGGGCAACUACGAGGACCUGCACGAAGCAGUCCUCAUUCCCAUGGCCAACCAGAUCGAGGACUUGCUCCACCACAGGCAAUUCGUGGAAUUGAUGGAAGACUGCGGAGAGCUCGGCGUUGAGUUGAUUAAGAAAAUCAAUGAAUGGAACCGUAUCACCCGCCACGGUCUUGAAGUGGAUAUCGCUUUUCUCCGCUCUCACGACGAGGUAAUCUGUCAGAAAAAUAAAAAGCUGAAAGAGGACAAUAAACGUCUAUCGCGGUCUCUUCUUUCAUUGCGCGCAGCCGAUACCGGUACAGGAAGCCGUCGUGCGAGUUUGAUUUCUUCUCCAGCUCAUCAAACUUCAGCACCGUCACCACGUCAGUCGGCAUCCCAGACAUAUCCUCAUAACCACUCCUCGUCUGCUGCGCAGAUUCAAAUGAAUCCUGCUUCUCGACCUCAGUCUCACAUUCGAGCCUCACUUCCAAUUCGGCUUUCCGCGCCUCGUCCUAGUAUCCAGCCGCAGUCUCAGGUCCAGGCAUCUUCUCCCCCUCCUCCUAACGACGAGAACUAGCCUUUGUGUGGCAAUCACAUUUCACACCAUCCUCACCAUCAUCGUGAACGUUUCUCUAUUCGAGAAACUUCUUUUCUCUGUAGCCGUGUCUAAUAUUGCUUUUCCAGAAAAUAAUGUCUCGAGUCUAGACUUUUCCUGAUGUACCAUAAUGUGGGUGUUGAGAUUCAUUUUCCCUCUUCUUUCAUGUACCUCAUGUACGUAGUUAGCUACAGAAUAGCCAAUGAAAUCAAAGACUGUAUCAUUAAUGAAAAAAAAAAAAUG